CUCCACCUUUGUCUUUUUUUGCUUCCACCAUUCAAUUAUCUUCUUCUCGCUAGAGCAACAAUGGCUACGUCUGCUUCUUCUCUCACAAUCGCAUCAUCCUUCUCCGAGCCCCGGACACAGAUCUGUUCCUCUAAGCGCUCGAACCUCCCGCUUCAACACUCCAUCUCGUAUAAGGCCAACUCAAGGAGCAGGAGACUCGUCGUGAGCUCUGUUUCAGCACCCAACGUUGAGCUCCGUACUGGACCCGAUGAUCUCAUUUCAUCUCUCCUCUCUACGGUUGCUAACAGUGAUGGAGGUGUGACACUUACUCCUGAGCAACACAAGGAGGUGGCACAAGUAGCUGGAGAGCUACAAAAGUACUGUGUGAGCGAGCCUGUUAAGUGCCCUCUCAUCUUCGGAGAUUGGGAUGUGGUGUACUGUUCUGUACCAACAUCUCCAGGUGGAGGCUACAGAAGCGGGAUAGGCCGUCUCUUCUUCAGAACUAAAGAGAUGAUACAAGGCAUUGAUUCUCCUGAUAUUGUGAGGAACAGAGUUUCCUUUACUGCUUUAGGGUUUCUUGAUGGAGACGUUUCCUUGACAGGGAAGCUGAAAGUGUUGGACAGUGAGUGGGUUCAGGUGAUAUUUGAGCCUCCGGAGCUGAAGGUGGGAUCUCUUGAGUUUAAGUAUGGGUUUGAAAGCGAAGUGAAGCUUAGGAUCACAUACGUUGAUGAGAAACUUAGGUUGGGGUUAGGCUCUAGAGGAUCACUGUUCGUCUUUAGGAGACGUCAAUAAUAAAUUUAUAUACUUCCAUGUCUCUUCUCUGCCUCGUCCGUUUGCUUUUCUGCUCUGCAUCUUUCAAUGCAAUUCACUACAGAAAAGAAGAGAUGCGACUUAUGUGUGUAAUAUCACAGACGUGUUUUUUGAUGGGAUUUUUUUUGUUGUAAUGUAAACUUGGUUCCAAGAGAGUGUAUCACACUUAAGAUGAGUGGUAAGCUACAUGUUAUGAAGUUAUGUUCAAAUAUCACCAAAAAUG